AUGGACUCCGCCCCGGCAGCUUCCUUCAAACCGCUGCUGAACAAGCUGGUGCAGACGCCAGAGUAUUUUAGCGCGGAUGAUCUGCGGAAGGCGCUCGACCUCCUCUUCACCCCCGACGCUCUGCACCCAGCCCAAAUCGGUGCCUUUCUGACAGCGUUACACGUCAACCGUGUUGAAAGGAGACCAGAGUCCCUCGCUGCAGCUGCCCAAGUUCUCCGCGAUCGCGCCUUAAAGGCCGCCGUCCAAGACGCGGAGGGCGACUUCGUGGUGGAUAUCGUGGGUACUGGCGGCGAUGGGUACAACCUGUUCAAUGUCAGCACCACAGCGGGCAUCGUGGCUGCUGGCGCGGGGGCUCGGGUGAUCAAGCAUGGCAGCCGGGCUUCUACUUCAUCGUCCGGUUCUGCAGAUUUGCUGGAGGCCCUCGAUUGUCUCUUCGUGGCCCCAACGCCCGGGACUCCCAUGCCCAUCCCGCGCGUCCCUUUCACCUUCAUUCUCGCUCCCCAUUAUCACCCUGCCCUCGCCUCCAUCGCGCCGUACCGCAAGGCCCUACCCUUCCGCACCAUGUUCAACGUCCUCGGCCCCCUCAUCAACCCCGCCCGCCCCCGGGGAAUGGUCCUCGGCGUCGCCGAGAAAGAAAUCGGCGCCACAUUUGCGCAAUCUCUCCGAGACGGCGGCGUCGAGCGUGCGCUCGUGGUGUGUGGGUACGAAGGUCUCGAUGAGAUCAGCUGCGCCGGCCCCACAUGGGCCUGGGAACUCAUAGACGGCCAGGUAACCGAGAAAACGCUCACGCCCGAGGACUUCGGGCUGAAGAGACACCCGCUAUCAACAGUCGCGGGAGGCGGCCCAGACGAGAAUGCGGCCACUUUCAAGAAGUUGCUGAACGCCGGCGAUGAAGUUCCAUCGGAGUUGGUCCCUCUGCUGGAGUGGGUAUGCAUGAACGCGUCUGCGUUACUGUUCGUUGCUGGUCUUGCGCAGGAUCUGAAGCAUGGUACUGAACUGGCAAUGACGAGUAUAAAGUCGGGGAAAGCAUGGGAGGCUCUCGCCUUAUUCCGCGAUGCAGGCAAAGCCCUACCGCCGUUACCAACAUCAGACGUUUGGUAA